UGUUGAGUAAUAAUGUAUUAAUCAAUUGAUUAUAUAUUUAAUACUCAUUUGAAAUACAUAUUCAAUGAAUUGAUUGUUUGAAUUCAGUGUUUAUAUAACUAAACGACUCUUUUGUUUGUCAACUCAUUGAACCAAUUGAUCAGUUGUCCGACAAAAGCCGUAAUGUCUUCAAUGACUACUUAACCACAAUAAUGAUUGCAUCACAAGAAUCACCCGAAUCUUCCUCAACGUCUUCAUACUCUUCAGCCAAAACAACACCAAAGUGUUCGCCACUUAAUAAGGCAGAGCUCAAGAAGUCAGAUGAUCGGCAAACUAGUGAUAAUAAUGACUAUACGGACAAUGGACUGACCAGCGGUCACAAGAAAUCUAAUGUUGCAAACAAAAGGAGUUCAAGCGAUGGCGCAAUGUUUGUCAUCAAUGAUUCAUCUCUUGAUGGCACUAAAGAUUGCGCUAAUAAUCAUCAAAGAAGUAGAUCUGAUUGCGACGAUUUAAUUAAAGCCACCAAACAACGUAUGACCGAAAAGUUUAACCAAUUGGAGGAAGAAUCGGGACUUAAGUUAUGGUCAAAUUCUUCUUCAAAAGAAACCAAAGAAAAAACUGAUCAAACAUUAAAUGAAUCUUCAGAAUUAUCUCAAGAUCUUCUCAACAGUUUGACUCUCUCUGAGGUCAAAGAACAGGCGUAUCAAAGGAUGCGUUCAGAGUUGAGUAGAGCUCAGAACGAACUCAAACUUCGCGACGAAGAAGUUGCAAAACUGAGUCGUAUUAGAGCUGAAGUCGAGUCAGAAUUAGAGGAUCUGACGGCCAGUUUGUUCGCUGAAGCGAAUGAUAUGGUAUAUAAGGCCAAUGUUUUGAGGAGUAGGGCUCAGAAAGAGCUUUACGAAGCAAACCUUAAGAUUGAUGUCUUGCAGGCAGAAGUACAGGCACUCAAAAUGCUUGUCUUGACAUCGACGCCAUCCAACCAUCGAUCUGUUCGGACAAAUGGUGUCAAACCAAUCAAACCUAAAACUAAUGAUUUUGCCAAAAAGUCUCCGAGUAAUUAUGAACUCGGAGGCAGUGCUGCCGAUAAAUUAGAUUCAAUCGCACAAAACGGUGUCAACACUUUUGGCCAAACCGACAAAGACGACUCAAUGUUGUCACAAGAAGUCGGUGAAGUGGAUCCAGUUUUUCACGAAGAGUUUCUUCAAUGGAAAAAAUGCCCAAAUUUUGAAGCAAUGAAUAGUGAUUUUAUGAAAAGAAUUUACGACGAAGAGAUUUAUCCGGUUUUUAAUUUUAAAGACAAAGAUUUAACAGCUCGUGUUUUGCGAACCAUUGAAGACAAUACAAUUACCAUUGAAGCGAUGGCAGAUAAAUCGUCUUUUCCUAAACGCUGUGCACUGUUAGAUGCGCCCCGAAGUUGUAAAUAUCGUAUGAAAAUCGAUGACAACUGGUAUAACAUAUCAGAAUUGUGUCGAAACAGAAUUAUAGCCGUUUGUGAUUUGUUUUGUUAUUUACGAUACAUUGAGAGAGGACUCGUUAAGAGUAGCUUUCAUGAGGUUUACUGGCAAGUGAUUCGGCGCCGCCGUAACAUUGCUCUGUCCAAACUCGGCUUCUCUACCAUUUAAAUAACAUAAUAUUUUUAUUGUCAUAUUUUAAUGACAAAUGUUUGUAUUCAAAGUAUAGAUUUAUUUAUAUAAUGGCUAUUACUGUAGUUAUUUGCUAUUUAAUAAUUUAGAAGAAAAAAGUUAGUUCCGUAAUUAAUACCAGUGAAAAUAAUAAUUAUUUUAUUAGUUUUUAUUUAUUUUUUGUUUAAAUCACAAUAGUUAUUUGACUUAUCAAUUUUAACUUUACAAUAAGGGCGUAUAUUUUAUUUACUUUAAUUAUGAGAAUUUUAUUUACCGAUUCUAUUGUGCAAACUAUU